AUGAAUGAAAAGUUAGGAGUUGACAAAACGUUGGCUCAGGAUGUUGUAUUAUAUAAUAUAAAAAAUCUUGAAAAAGAGGAAAAAGAUUUUUCUCUUUUGUAUAUUACAUAUUUAUUAAAUACUAUAUAUAAUAAAUAUAAGAGUAUACAACCAGUGUAUAUUUAUUUUAUAUGUUCUGAAAAAAAAGAAAAGGAUAUCUGUAAUGAUAAUAAUAAAAAUUAUAAAAACAAUGUUCAUAAGAAUCAUGACAAAAACAGUUUAAUAUAUUAUACCCCUAGUUCUAUUAUGGAACAAUAUUUUCCAGAUAUAUUUCACAAUGUUUAUUUUUUAUGUGCUCACUAUACAAUAUUAAAUAAAGAAAUCAAAAGAAAAAAUCAUAUAGAUUAUAUAAAAUAUAGUAAAGAAAAGAAAAUAUAUGAUGAAAAAAAAGAAACGUUUUAUUUUAUCUUUACUUUUUUUAUGGAACCUCAUUUUAUAUGGGAAGAAUUAAAUAUUCCAAUUUUUCAUGAAAAAGGAUAUGUUGAAUGUAUUUUUGAUUCUGUUAAUAAUCUUAUAAAAUUAAAGAAUAUAUUUAAUCCUUUGAAUGAUAUUAGACAAAAUACAUAUGAUAAAACCUUAAUACAAUAUAUUUUUUAUAUGAAUAAAAAGAGGAGAAAAAAAAAUUAUAAACAUUCCAAAGAUAAUCAAAUUAAUGACGAUACAAAUUAUUAUAAUGAAGUUUUAAAAAGGGAUAGUAGAAAUAAUAUGUGCAAUAAUAAUAUGUGCAAUAAUAAUAUGUGCAAUAAUAAUAUGUGCAAUAAUAAUAUGUGCAAUAAUAAUAUAUACAAUAAUAAUAUAUACAAUAAUAAUAUAUACAAUAAUAACCUAUACAAUCACAAUACAUACCAUAAUGAUAACAAUAUAGAAUAUGCAAACAUAUUUUCAUCAUUUAAUAAUAUCAAUAAUAAUAGUGAUAAUGAUUUAUAUUGUUAUAAUUAUCAUAUAAGUAAGGACAGAAUAAACGACAAGGUCCCAAGAAUAUAUCUCCUGCCAUUUUUUAUUUCAUCAAUUUAUUUAUAUAAGAAUAAUAAAAUAUGUAAAACGCGUGUUAUAAGCUUUAAUGAAAAGGAUAUUUAUUUUAAAAAUGAUGAAAACCAAAAUAUACCUAAAGCCAUGGUAUUAUAUAUUAGAAAUAAAUUAUCUAAUAAAUUAAAAAAUAUAGAAAAGGAUGUUAUAAAAAAAGAGAAAGAACAUUUUAAACGAUUAAUUAAAAAAAAAAACAAAAGAAAAAAAAUUAAAAUAUAUUCAAAGGAUGAUAGUAUUAAACUCAAAAAGGAUUCAUAUAAAAUACAUAAUAAUAAUAUAAAUAAAAAAAUAAAAGCCAAUAUAAAUCAAUAUAUUAAUAAUGCAAAUAAUAAUAAUGAUAAUAUUGAAUCUAAUAUUCAAUAUAAUAACAUAAAGACCAUUCUUAAUUUUAUACAAAAUAAUCUACAAGAUGUACAAUUAAAAAAGUUAUUAUCACAGUAUUACAAUAAUUAUAAUAAAUGUGAUUAUAAAGAAAAUGUAUAUAUAACUAAUAAGCAUUUUAUGAAUACAUUAUCAUUAAUUCAAAAUAAUUAUAAAUUCAUUUAUAAAGAUAAUAAAGAAUUGCAUAAUACCUUAAUCGAUCCAUGGCAAAUAGGAAUAGGAGAAAAUAAUUUAAGACUAAUGAAAAAAUUGUUUUCUCAAAGAAUAUGA